AUGGCUACCCAGCUGGCUACCCUUCCAGCCAUCCAGCGUUUGAGUGCACGCUGUAUCCGCAUCCUUGGAGGCAACCCCGGGAAAUUUACCCUGCAAGGAACAAACACCUACUUGCUCGGGCAGGGCCAUCGCCGCAUUCUCAUCGACACGGGCGAAGGACGACAGGCUUGGAUCGAAUCCCUAAAGUCCACCCUGGCCGAGGAAAAUGCAACCGUGGAAACGGCCAUUAUUUCCCACUGGCACCACGACCACAGCGGCGGCGUCGCCGACCUUGUCACGGCAGUCCCGGGGGUCAGGGUCUACAAGUGCGAACCCGGACCGGGGCAACUCGCCAUCGUUGACGGCCAAGUAUUCCAGGUCGACGGCGCCACCUUGACGGCUGCUCAUGCGCCAGGUCAUACCCGAGACCACAUGGUGUUUGUUCUCGCAGAGGAGGACGCCAUGUUCACGGCCGACAACGUGCUCGGGCACGGCACCGCCGUCUUCGAAGACAUGGGCGAGUAUCUUUCGAGUCUCGGCAGAAUGCGGCGGCUGUUUUGCGGCAGGGCCUAUCCCGGCCAUGGCCCUGUGCUGGACGACGGGCCGGGCAAGAUUGCGGAAUAUAUCCAGCACCGACAGCGUCGAAUAGACGAGGUUUUGCAGACCAUACGGACUGGCAAGAGCCCGCAGGCCAAUGCAGACAUGUGGACUGCCAUGGACAUUGUCAAGGUCAUGUAUCGACAUGUCUCUGUCGAGGUCCACCCAGCGGCUCGCAGAGGCGUCGUACAGAUUCUCGAGAAGCUUUCAAGAGAUGGCCUUGUGGCUCGAACGGGUGAGGACCAGUGGCAGCCGUGUAUGGAACAAAAACCCGCUCUCUAA